GGCAAUUAUAUCAGUGAUAAAAGAAAUUAAUCUUAAAAUUAUUGCAGCUAAGGCUUUUUCUAAACAUUUUUUAUUAUAAGUGCUACAAAUUUGGUUAACCAAAUAAUGUGAACUUAUCUUCGAAUGGGGCUAUAAAGGCAUCCAAUACUCUCUGAGUAAUCCGCAUUCGAAGACUUUAUUGGAGUAUUAAUCUGAGAGAAGUCCAGUUCCAGCACCAGUGUCAUUUCAACACUCUACAGAUUUCGUCUUUAACAGAUGAAGUCGCAGCAACACGUAUUUACAAUUCCGUUUGGAUUGUGAUUUUUUAAUAAAACCUGGUUGGAAACAUCAAAGGAUAUGGAGAAGAACCGGAAGUCACACCAACACAUAUUUACAAUUCGAUUGGGAUUGUGAAAUAAAAACUGUGUUAACGCUCUAUUACACGACAUGUAGUUGUCUUAUGACAUGCCAAAUUAAGCACAUGUGGAGAUUUACAUGUCGUGUGGUACAAACGAAACUAGCACACGAAAAUCACUUUUCAAAUUAACACAUGUUAUGCCAUGCGAAAUUGACAUACAUGUGAGAUAGCAAAAGUAAUGAGUCGUAUGUAAAUUCAAAAAGUGACAAGUUAAAAGACAUCUACAUGCCGUGUAAUAGCGCCUUUAGUAAUAUCUAAGCACAUGGAGAAAAACCCGAAGAAAGCUGUUAUUCCAUACGUAACAUACAUCGGAAACCCUUAGUAUAACUUACCCAGAUUAUAUCCGGAUUUUUAUACCCACCACCGAAGGAUGUGUUUUACUCAUUUUGUCACUCCGUUUGCAAUACAUCGAAUUUCCAGCGAGCCAGAGUGUAAUAUUCGAUCUGCCCUUCAACCGAUUAAAAAGCCUACUGAAUCUCCUCAGCACUGCCUGAAUUCAAUGGGCUCCUUUUUACCAGUGGGAUCAUACUCGUCUCCAAUACUUACUCGUGGCAUAACAUCUAUUAGACAGGUCACAAUUCCCUCAAGCUUUCCACAGAGCGACGCGUGCAAUCAAACGACCAUAAAAUCAUUUUGCUUAACUUCGAAGUGCUCUUCUUACGAUGAACUUAAGCCACAGCUUAGCUAUAUAGGUCUUAUCGCCAUCUCUAUUCUAAGCAGCAAAGAGAAGAAACUUGUGCUCUCGGAUAUUUACCAGUAUAUUCUGAAUAAAUAUCCGUAUUUUCGAGCCCGAGGACCUGGUUGGAGGAACUCUGUUCGUCACAAUUUGUCAUUGAAUGAUUGUUUUAUUAAAUCGAAUCGCAGCCAUAAUGGCAAAGGGCACUAUUGGACAAUUCAUCCAGCCAAUAUGGAAGAUUUUCGAAACGGCGAUUUUAGGCGCCGCCGGGCACAACACAGAGUGCGAAAACACAUGGGAUUUAUUUCGGAAAACGAUCAUCAAAGUAUAAUCGGCAACCCUUCAAAUUACGAAAUAAAGUCGUUGAAGCAAUUCUGUGCCAAGGAUGUAGUAUGCAAGGAGAUAUCGUAUAAUUCUUUAAACAAAAAUGUAUUUUUAGAUUUUUUGUGCAGUCAUUACUCUCACUCUAAGUUUAAUUUGCAAAAUAACAAAUUAUUUAUAUCUACAGAUAAUUUGCAUAACACAACUAAUAUUUUGUCAGCUUGCGAUCAAAGCGCUGCGUCAAAACGACAAGCUAUUUGCACUACAUUCGCUAAUGGAGACAUGGAACCAAAAAUUAAAUUCCUUUUUGCACCACAGUUCAGCUGCAUAAAUGAAACUCUGAAUUUACCAAUAAACUCUGUAAUGAAAGAAAAGGAAAACGACACGAAUUUGGAAAUAAUCCUACCGUGCAAGGACAACAAGUUGAAGUUAGUAGAACCGGAUACUUCGAUUUCGCUCUCUACACAUACAGCUAACAACGUAGAUAAACGUAAAAGGCAAUUCGAUGUGGCCUCUCUUUUGGCCCCUGACAACUCCCAAAAGAAUCACUGCAAGGCCUGGACCGAAGUCCAUAUUGUCCCUGAGAGCUCUUCGAAGGGCAUAUCUCUUGCAAAUGGAGAAAUAAAAGGCAGUUGUGCAGAUAAAUUCGAAAAGUCGGAAAAGUCUGAAAUAUACUUACUGAAUACAUAUAUUUCAGGGACAAAUCACAAAGAAGCCAUAUGUGUAAACCAAAUAUCCUGAGAUAAAAAGCUUUGACCACGGUACAUACCCUAUUACGACUGCUGAAAAAAUAUUGCAUAUGUAUGUAAACAAUUUCUUGCAAAACAAAAUAUCACGAAUUGCUUCAUUAAAAUUUAAGUAUAUUAGAAUAUUAUACCGAUAACCAUUUUACCUUGGAAAUUAAAAAAAUUCAGACUACAUUGCUAUUAUAUUUAAAUGUAAUCGUUCUAUUAAAUUUCAAUCACACAUAUAAUUGUAACUCUUAUACUCUGUUUAAAUUUGCUUAACGUGUUUCUUCAGGAGAAAAUAGUGUCAAAAUGUUUCAUUGAUUUGUUUUGAAAACAGAAUAAUUUUUAAAGGUUGAUAGGAAAAAACUAAUUGUAAAGUUAGGUGAUUUAUUCAUUUGACAUUUAAAAUCUAGGCACAACCAGCGUUAUGUUAUUCAAAAACAACUGAAAACUUCGACGUUGAACUGGUCUUUUAGAUUGUAUUGUAUUUAGGUUGUAAUAAUAAUUUAUUUUAGUCAUCGUUGCUCUUUACGUAGCUGUAUAGUUCAUCUAAUAUAUUGUACAUCAAUAUCAACUGUCUCCACAAACAGGAACUUUGAACAAGAAUGUUAAUUUGAUUGAGGAUUCAUUUCGUCGUUCCAAAUUAUUUGAUUUCUUACAUUUGUAUUUCCACAAGACGCAAGAUGGGUCAGAUUACCCUGUUUCUUUAGAAUCCAUUUCAGAAAAUAAUACAUCCAUCUGCCAACGAAAAGGCAAGUUUUCAGUCUAGGAAAUGAAACUCAUGUUAUUCAAAUUGCUAUUUGUUUGCAUAUUAGAAAGGAAGGCCAUCGUGGCGCAUGGGCUAGCAUGUCUGCCUAUGACGCCGAACGCUUGGGCUCAAAUGCCGGCGUUAACAUCAGAAAAUUUUUCAACGAUGGUUUUCCCUUUACUAAUGCCGGCUACAUUUGCGAGAUAUCCUGCCAUGUUAAAACUUCUCUACCAAGUGGUUUCGCUAUGCGGCAUGCCGUCCCGACUCAGCAAAAAAAAACUGGUCCCUUAUCAUUGAGCUAAAAUAUUAAUCGGACUGCACUUAUUGAUAUGAGAGAAGUAUCCCUUGUUUUUUAAUGUAAUGUUCAUGGGAAAUUUAGUAUUAACUUUUUCACUAAUGUAUUAUUUCACACAAGUUUAUUUCAGAAUGUAGAGCCUCACCCAUAACAUAUUUCGGUGAAUUAUAUAAUUGUCGGAUUUUUUUAAAACUUUUUAAAUCUGUUCAUAUAGAUUUAAGAUCGUCUAAGAAAAUUAUUUUUUAUGUCUAAGAAACAUUUUAAACAGCACGUUCAAUACAAGCAAAUUUCCAGAAUAUUAUUGAAGCAUAUU